GUAUAAGUGCAAGAGAAAACACGGGAGCACAGAUAAGCAGAGCAAGCAAGCCACCUGGAAAGAAGACCUGAGAAGGUGUUAAAGCAGCUGCCUGCCAUGGCAUUUGGAAUGCUAAUCUAUAUUUUGCUGAAAGUAAGCAUCUAUUUGCAUUACACAGCAAUGGGGGCACUGAGUGAAGAGUCAGCUAUUACUGCUUCAUCCCUCAGCACUGACUUACGGAAUAAUUGGACAAAAAACAACGCUGAAGUAGAUUAUACCGAGCAGCCAAAGCUCUUGAAGCUGAUGCAGACCUGCCUUGAGGAGCACCACAGCUAUUGUAUCAAUGGGCUCUGCGCCUUCCACAGCGAACUGAGGAAGCCCAUAUGCAAGUGCCUCGCAGGUUAUAAUGGAGAGAGGUGUGAACAUUUAACACUAAAUUCAUAUGCACAUAACUCUUAUGAGCGCUACAUUGCUGUGGGCAUUGGGAUAGGAAUACUGACCAGCGGAAUACUCGCCAUCAUCUACUGCUAUGUAAGAAAGAGAUGCAGGAAACUGCAGUCCCCCUACAAGGUGUGUGUGGGUGAGACGGCGUUGUGAGGCCCUGGCGCUGGAACACUCACCGGUUUGCCUGCUGAGGAGGAGGGCCCCCCGCGCCGUGGGACGGGCACCCCGGCCUCGCCGAGGAGAUGAGCUCCAGGGAGCGGCACAGCAGCGCGCCAAGGCAGCCCCGCAGCACCCACAGCUCUGUGUGUGGUUGAAGAAAGAAUUCCUCUCUUGGGUGAGGGUGGAUGGUCCCCAGGUCCAAGCAGCUGAGGACACUGGCAGGCCUCUGGGCACUGCCCUGUGCCUGGUGUCGGCCGUGGGGAGGACUGGUUGGUUUUAGCUGUUUUCAGUCAUUUCAAGCACUCGUACAGUGUUCUGCUUUGGUCUUUUGUGUGUUUUGUUUGGUUUUGCUUUCCUUUUUUUUUACUCCUCUGGAGGAUAAGCGCCGCCUCCCUCAGAGUGGAGCUGUGUUCUGGACAUCGUGCACUGACCACUGACCAUUUGGGUUUUGAUUUUGUUGUCUGCUGGCUGUGUGUGUGGAUCAACAGACCUCUCCCAACCCAAUGGUUUUACCCUUGGUGUGAUGCCAAGUAUGGGCUUGUGGUGCCAUAAAGGACAACAAAUGCUUUGGACUGAGGAAAAUGUCUGGUUCUCAAAACCAUCCUUUAAUUAGAAUACAGACAGUAGGCAAUUCCUGAAAAUGAGACCAUGGCACCUCCGGGCAUGGCAUGUUCUUAUUGUUUUCAUAAGCAAAGCAACCAGACACCUUUCUCAAAAUGGAUUAUGGAGUGUGCUUGUGACCAAGAACUCUCCUCUUCCCAAACAUCCUGCAGCAGCUCCUUAGUUCCAUGGAAUUUCAGGCAGAACAUUGCCUUGCUGCACCCAGAUUUCUGCACAAGACUUGAAUUGCCGGAGAAGAUGCAAUUUUGUUAUGAAACGUCACUACAGUUUUUCCCAGGAAACAGACUUUCUCUAUUCCAUUUGCACAGUAUGGGGACAAUGUGACCACUCAAAUAAGAAAGAAAUUAUUUUAGGGCUUCAGUUCCACCCUGGACUAACAGAUUGCAUAUUGGAUGCUUGGUUCCAUUCAUCUUAACUACAAAGAAUUGGGAAGGUACAAAAAUUUCGUUCAAGGAAAAGGGAAGAAAAUUGGUUCUGAAGAUGAUGGCACUAACUGGGAUGUCUCACUGACAGCUGGAGUGUUUGCCAGUGCUGAUGUGACUAGAGAUGGCUCUCAGAUUUGCAUUUCAGCUGUUGCACAUUGUAGACUCAUCUGCUGUGCUCAGCCAUCUUCCAGAGAAAGGCAAUUGGUACUUUGAGGUCUUUUGGAGUAAUAUUGGCUCCUACAUUCAGGUGCCCCGCUGAAAGCUCAGUUUCUUGGUUGAGUUAAUUUUGACAGCAAGGAUGCAUGUUGUUUGUUGAAAAAACUGUAUUUCUGAGUCUGUGGUGACAAUGCUGAAAUGUGUCCGAAAGGGCAAAGGUGCAUGUGGCACUUCAAUGGUGUGAAGUUCAGGGGGCUUCCCAUGGGGACAUCCUGAUCAGUAGCUGAGCCAUCGUGGCUCUGUGAUAGCAGUAAAUAAAACAGCACAUCACA